GAAACCCCAUCUUCGUUUGAUUCUUUUCUCUAAUGGCGAAAUGCGUUCUUCUUCAAGCUUCACCACCACGACCACCGCUGUUAAUAUCACCCCGCCGGUUACUACCACCACCACCCACAGGAAACCCGUUUACACUUUACGCCGGUGAUCUCCACCCAAGCGUCAACGAAAUUGACCUCUAUUUCUUCUUUUCUGUAAUUGGCCCAUUACACUCUGUUCAUCUUUGCAGAGAUCGUUUCUCCCACAAAUCUCUUCGCUACGCUUACAUCAAUUUCUACUUUCCUUUUAAUGCUGCUGAUGCAUUGUGUCGAUUAAACCACAUGGAAUUAAAAGGGAAAUCCAUCAGGUUAAUGUGGUGUCAGAGAGACCCAAUUUUGCGAAAAACUGGAAUCGGGAAUCUUUUUGUCAAGAAUCUUGAUUUGUCAAUUCAUGAGGCUAAGUUGGAACAAGUCUUUGGGAUAUUUGGGAGGAUUCUUUCUUGUAAAAUUGCGAAAGAAGGUAAUGGAAAGAGUAAGGGAUUUGGAUUUGUGCAAUUUGAUUCAGAGGAAUCGGCUUUAGAUGCUCUCGAUGCAUUAAAUGGAUGUGUACUUAAGGGCAAGAUUUUAACUGUUGCGAAGUAUCUGAAGAAAAGCGAGAGGAAGGAACCCCAAUUUACAAACGUUUAUGUGAAAAAUCUGGAUGAAAACUUCACAGAGAGUUCGUUAAUUGAAAAGUUUUCAGAGUAUGGAAAGGUUACAAGUGCUGUGAUUAUGAACGACGAAGAAGGAAAAUCAAAAGGGUUUGGAUUCGUCAAUUUUGAAUCGCAUGAUAACGCUAAGAUCGCCAUUGAAGCCCUAAACGGUGAAGUAAUCGGUUUAAAGAAAUUGUAUGUUGGAAAGGCAAUGAUGAAAGCUGCAAGAGAUUCUUUCUUACGACGUACCCAUGAUCAAAAAACGAAACCGAUCAUUACUUCAAAUCUGUAUGUGAGAAAUCUUGCUACAUCUGUAAACGAAAAGGAUCUUCGUGAAGUUUUUGGUGCUUUCGGUUGUGUUGUUUUCACGAAAGUGAUACGUUUCAGUAAUGGAGUAAGCAAAGGAAUCGCGUCUGUUUGUUUUUCGAAACCAGAAGAAGCCAUGAAAGCUGUGAAGAAUCUUAAUGGUUUUUGUUAUCAUGGAAAGUACAUGAAAGUGACAGUUGCUAUGAGUAGAGAAGAAUAUGCGAGAAGAUUGCAGACCCUUUUUCCCUUCAACUUCUUUUAUAAAGCUCCAAACUUGAAGCCAUAUUUGGAAACUAAAGUUCAGAGAGAUGAUCAUCAUCAAGUAAACGAAACCAAAACAAGCUCCUGCAAUUGCGGAUUUGCUAAAUCAUGUAAUGAAUAGAAACAAAUACGUGUAAAAUUGAAUCUGGGAUUCUUGAAUACAAGUUGUAAUCGAUGAUUUGAAUUCAGACAUAACGAAAAACAGAAGUAAUAGUAAUAAUAGAAACUUGAUUUUGCCCUUUUCGAAUUAUAGAAACAUUGUGUACAUGAAAGUAAUACAAAGUUUAUAAGAAAAAAAGUGCGAUGACGAUUUUGAUUAACCGAGUAGGCCGAUUCCGGCGACGAUUAAGGUGUCAGCAAGGACUUGAUUAGCAGCUUCAGAUGGAUGAAAACUAUCCCAGAACACAAACUGAGUCGCAUUUGGACAUGUCCCGAUCGAUUUAGGGUUACAUAAGAACACCGUCGUCUCCACUCUUCCUGUUCCACAACAUCCUCUCGACGCCUCCACAAACCCAUGGGAGGCGGGAUCUUUGAUGAGGUCGUAGAGUGGUUGAAAGAUGUCGAAGAUAACAAUCUUGAGACCUGGGAGUUGUGAUCCGAGUUGGGUUGCAGCUGAAUUUAUCUUCUUGUUGAACGAUUGAGCAUCUGUGUUGAUUUUGCUUACACACCCCUUUUCAUGGGAUCCGAACAAAGUUCUCACCGCCGGCAAGCAGCCAAGCGGUGGGAGUGACGUCACUCCGAUUCUCCUUGCUCCUAAUCCAUACAAAUCCUGUUUUCGUUUGUAACCAAUUAGUAAAAUCCACGAUAGUAAAACACCUGAUUUCGAGAAACGUUAAUGGCGGAUUAGGAUUAAUUUUACCUUGACGA